AUGGUGAAAGUCAGAGUGAAUGUAUUUGGCCAUAUUGGGUCAAAUACCAGGACUGUUGCCUGGUCCAGAAAAGUGGAAGUCAUUGCCAUCAAUGACCCCUUCAUUCAUUUUAACUACAUGGUCUACAUGCUCCAAUAUGACUCUACCCAUGACAAGUUUAACAGCACAGUCAAGACUGAGAAUGAAAAACAGUCAUCAGAGAGCCCACUGAAGGACACCCGGUGCUACACUGAGGACCAGGUUGUCUCCUAUGACUUUUAUAGUGACUCCCACUCUUACACUUUUGAUGCUGGGGACAGCAUUGCUCUCAAUGACAACACUGUAAAACUCAUUUCCUAG